UCGCCUUCACUGCAUCUUUUCGCAGUGCGAUUGCGAUGCUGCAAUCGCUUCUCUUUGACGCUCAGGCCGAAUUUUCCUCCCCAUCGGUUCUCCAUCAAAUCCGCGCAUUCUCGAACGGCGGUGGAAGAACAAACUGGAAGUUUAUUAUUGGGAUAUUUUCAUCUUAUCCAAUUGCAGUCCCGAUAAAGUCGCGCCGUUAUCUUUUCUUCACAUGAGCCAUUACUCAUAAAUUAUUACAGAAUCUGCGGCUGCGAAGGAGAUACGGCAAUUUCACUUUUUCACCAUCACUUCCGAGAUAAGCCGUCCUUCCGCUGGUGCCGCCAAGUGUUUCGAAAGUGGUACAGCGCGUCAGCAGUUUGAUAACAUUCUCCCAACGUGAUUGUGUCUGGGAUUUUUUUCAUAAUUUCCCCAGUUUUUGUAUAGUGGAUUUUUGUUGCUGGGGAUCCAGUGGUAUUUUCGCGGGGGGAGAUGUUAUAUAGCGGAUCUGUUUGCGGUGGUAUUGUGCGCGUGGAAUUUGCUUUGCAUUCAAAGGGACUAUUUUGACAAGCCGGGCACACACGCAUACGAACAUUGUGGCGUAUUGAGAUUUCUCUCCCAUCCCGAUUCGAGCCAGUGAAUGAAUACAAGAGGCCCGAUUCAUCACCGCAUCACUGCCGAUCCAUAGACGCAUAGAGCCCCGCUUUCGGACUUUAAAAACUCAGACCAGCAUCGUAUUCGGGCGGCCCCAAUGUUGGCCUUGUCAGUUCACGCUGAAAGACGCGCCAUUCUUUGACGGCGAAGCGAAAGUUCCCAUCUUGGCCAGAACAAUGAUGAUGCUGUGUGAGACGGCCAAUUUGCCGCCGCCGCCCCCUCUACCACCUCCGCCGGCCCGUGAUGAUGCCGAGGAUGCCGAUGUGCAGCUGGUGAGGGAUACGUGCCGGAUUCCCGGACCGUCCUGUCAGGCGUUGAGGAGUGCCUUGGCCGCGCUGUACAGACUGGAUGAUUUCUUCCUGGAGCGGCUUGGAAGUGGAUUUUUCUCCGAUGUUUAUAAAGUCCGCCACAAAACCACCGGUCAAGUGAUGGUUUUGAAAAUGAACGUCAACUUGAGUAAUCGACCCAAUGUUCUCCGUGAAGUUCAGCUGAUGAAUCAAUUGAAGCAUCCGAAUAUUCUCAGGUUUCGCGGUGUCUGCGUCCAUGCUGGAUGUCUUCAUGCGUUAACCGAAUUCAUCAACGGCGGCAGCCUGGAGGAAUGGAUACAAGACUGCAAGAAGCUGAUGCCGUGGGAACUGCGCAUCAAGCUGGCCCAUGACAUGUCCAAGGGACUUUUGUAUCUGCACUCGAAACGCGUCUUUCAUCGGGACCUCACGUCCAAGAAUAUCCUCAUCAACGUCGUUAACCAGGACCCCACCGCCAUUGUCGGCGAUUUCGGACUGGCCGAUAAAAUCCCCGAUCCAAUGAAACGUGAUAUGGUACGCCUGCCAACGGUCGGCUCCCCCUGGUACAUGGCACCGGAAACUCUCACCGGGAAAUGGUAUGAUGAGCGUGCCGAUGUGUUCUCCUUUGGGAUUGUCCUCUGCGAGAUGAUCGCCCGUAUCGCCUCCGAUCCGGAUGUGUUGCCGCGCACACAGAAUUUUGGCGUGGACUAUGUGGCCUUCAGCGAGAUGUCGCACGACUGUCCGCCUGAUUUCCUACAAAUCACCUUCAAGUGCUGCCUGGUGGAGCCCAAAUCCCGGCCGACCUUUGUGGAGUUGUGUAAGAUUCUGGAAGAGCUCUCGAGGAAGUUGCGGCAAGCCGAUAGCGAGGCCAUGGAAAGGAAGACGCCGAGGUUUCUGGAUGAUGAGCGCCUGAAUCAAGGCUUAGGUAAAGCAUCGCGGAAAACCUCGACCGUCUCCUCUCGUCCGCGCCACUGUCGGCGCUCCACCUCCCUGGCCUACGUGGACCGCGUGGAUCUGACCGCCGCACAGAACCGUUGUCUGGGCGAGCACAUGUCGCGGGCCGACCCGCACUACACCCCCCGCGUCAAUCCCUUUGCUCAAUCGGAAGCCUACCGUGACGGAAACAAGAAGAUCGUCGGCUACAGCAGCUCCCUAUCCCCCACCGUCUUCGACGUGCCGCUGAUGGUGCGCGGCGCCCAUGACAACCUCAGCGUGCCCAUUCCCCCCUUCAAAAACUCCCACUCCUGUCCGACCUCACCGCGGGCUCUCCGUCGCAGCGUCCCGGUGGAGGGUCCCACCACCACCAGCUACGAGUCCAGCAGUUGGCACUGCUACGCCACCAGCAGCGCCGUGGACUCCGAGGAGAGUUCGGACGAGGAGAAUGUGCCCGUGCGAAAGAUCGGGUCGGAUUCGCGGUUCGAUCGGCGCCUCCUGAACGAGACGCCCCCGCGGAAACCCUUAGAAGCGCCCAACGUGGUGCUCAGUCCGCCGCCGCGGAAGGCCAAGAAACGGCCGGUCUUAAAGCAGGCCAUCCAGGUGUUGAUUUGUGAUGAUGAGAAGUCGUUUGGGAUCGUCACCAACCGCCCGGUGAGUCCGGACGCCGAGUUGGCCUACUAUUCGCUGUCGGAUCAGAGUUCCUGCGGGUCGUGCACGCCCAAGAGUUCGUCGCGGUGCUCCAAUGAGAGUGAUGGGCCGGAUCUGUCGCCGGAGGGCUUGAUGGGGCCGCCGGUCAUCAAGGUCAUGGGGGUCAUGGGCGAUAUUAGUGUUCCUGUGUUGAAAUGAGCUAAUCCGCACCAUGAGGUGUGCUGGCAGCUGUGUUUUUUCUGCAUUCGCCAGGCUGCUGUUGUGUAGAGAGAGAUGUUGUUUGCGGUUUUCUUUUCUAUACUAAUGGCAUUUAGUCUAAAUUAUUUUGCUAGCAAUACGGUUGCAUUUUGUGGCGAGGGUUCGGGUGUGCGAUGUGGUAUGUGACGCGUUUUUUGUCAUUGUGGUGUGGUUUUUUUAAUCUAAGCAGAUCUGUUGUAGAGCGAUAAUACUUUAUUAAAAACUAAUAUGA